AUGGUUGUGGUCCAAUUCGAAGAAGGCGAUAUAAUCAACAAUAAAAUCACUGUUGUGGAAAAACUUGGAGAAGGUGAGGCAGAAUGUCAGAUUGGUCAUGUUUACCAUCUGACCGGUAAACAUGACAAACUGACCGGUGAAAUUAGGGACGAAGUUUUAAAAAAUGUCGGUUAGUCAUCGCAUUUUUGAAAAUGCCCGGUCAGAUUGGGCAUCAUGACCAAUCUGACCGGUCAGGUUGGUCAUUAUGACGGGUCAAAUUCGGAGUAAAAAAUGAAAAAAAUUAGCGUUUUGUGAAUUUUUUGAACCUGGCCGGUCAGAUUGGGAAAAAUGACCAAUCUGACCGGUCAGAUCCUUCAUCUUUCCUUCCAACUUCUAAAAUAAAAUUUUCAUACCAAAUUUAUCGAAACUCCCAAAAAAAAUUAAUCUUUUCAGGAGGCUUCGGUGCCGUCUACAAAGUCACCCUGGAAGGGCAUGCAAAUCAAGUUUUUGCGAUGAAAAGCGAGCAACGCAACGCCGGCGGUGUCCUCAAAAUGGAAGUGAUGAUCCUGCGGAAGUUGGAGGAGAAACGCGGCACCCACUUUUGCCGUUGCGUCGAGGCCGGCUGCGCUGGAAACAUGUUGUACUUGGUGAUGACGAUGCUGGGCAAGAGCUUGAGCGACAUUCGAAUGAGUCUGCCCGGAACCAAACUGUCCAUGGGAUGUGCGUUGGGGGUGGGGAAACAGUGUGUGGAGGCGAUUCGGGAACUGCACGGUAUCGGGUAUCUUCAUAGGUAAGUUAUUUUUUGGAAUUUUGAGACUUCAAUUUUUUUAAUACAGUAAUUUUUAGGUAAAAAAUCAGUAAAAAUGGUUUUUUUUUUGAUUUUUGAGUUGAAAAAUUUGGGAUUUUUUAGAAAUGAGAUGAAAAAAAUUGAAAAUUUUACUAAUUUUUUGAUCUAAAAAUAUUGAUUGCUUCUGCAUAUUGUUAAGCUAGAACCUUUGUAUACGCUUUACAUACAUUUUAUUCUAAAUUUAUACCAAGUUUCAUCAAAAUCGACCAAUUUUUGGUCGACCAAAAAAUUUUGACCGUGGUCUCCCCUGUCCAUUUUUUGAGUCAAAUCCCAAUUUUUUCUGACACUGUAAAUGAAUUUCAGAGACCUCAAGCCUUCCAAUUUUGCCUGUGGCGCUGAGAAAAACUCGCGAAAAAUCUUCUUGUUCGACUUUGGCUUGGCUCGAAGGUAUCUGGCCGCAGGCGGAAAAAUGCGACAACCCCGGCUGUAUCCCGGGUUCCGCGGAACCGCCCGUUACGCGCCAUUGUCCUGUCAUGUUCAGCGUGAGCAGUCGAGGAAGUGCGAUCUGGAGUCCUGGCUGUAUCAGCAAGUGGAACUGACCCGAGGCGGGCUGCCUUGGAGGUCCUUUGAAGUAACCGAAAUGAUCGGAAUGUACAAGGAAAGAUGCCGAUUUGGUGUGGGCCUGAAGGAAUUUUUGGGCGGAUGUCCGAGAGAGUAUGUGGAAGUGCUCCGAUAUAUCGAUAGAUUGAGGUGAGAAAUUCGGGUUUGGUUUUUCAAGAAAAAAAAUGUAGAAUUGGCAUUUUCAUAAAGUGCAUGGACACUUUUUCGCUUUUGUACAGUGCAUCUUGAACUUUUUUCACGCUUGUCGCUAACGCACAGUGCAUUCUUCUCUUUUUCGCACAGUGCAAACCUCAAAAAAAGCCAUUUGCACUGUGCAAAUUUCUGGCGACGUCGCGUUGACGUUGUUGAAGCUUUCUUAUGUCGCAGCGAUAAUUCGAGGCACAGUGCAAGCCAAAACAACGCACAGUGCAUGUUGAACUCUUUCCCACGCUUAUCGCUAACGCACAGUGAAUUUUUCUCUUUUCGCACAGUGCAAAACUAAAAAAAAACCGUUCGCAGCACUGUGCAAAUUUUUGGUGCUGCCGCGGCGACUUUGUUCAAACUUGUUUAUGUCGCUGCAAUAUUUCGAUGCACAGUGGGAAAACCAAAAAAAGUGAAUGCACGGUGCAAAAUGCGGUUUUUUGUGCACGGUGCGGGCCGUGACAAAUGUCCAUGCAUUUUAUGAAAAUACUGAUAGAUACUUUGUAACCAAUACGUGUAUUAAUUAUAACAAGUAUGCAAAAGUUGAAAGAAAUUUAAGUCCUGAUUUAGGACACCUGUAAAAUUUAGAAUUAAAUAUAUUUUUUUGUUCUCAGAUACCAUGACGCGCCGAAUUACAAGUAUCUGAUUGCGUGCAUGGAUCGAGCGAUGAAAUCGAUAGGUUUGAGCGAAUUCCCAUAUGAUUGGGAGGAGAGCAGCCCACUGUAUUCGGCUCAUCUCGCUGGACUUGAUGCCAUGGCCGAGGAAGAGAGAAAAAGACUGGAAAGACAAGAGAGAAAAGCCGCCAGAAAUCGAACACAAACCACCGCCAAGACUGUCAGCUUGUUUCAUGAGACUUGA